AAACUAACUAACUAACUUUGUGAAUAGAGUGAACAUUUUUAAUUUAACGAGUCAAAAUGUCAUUUAACUCAAACUUUUCCAUUUGCUCCAUCCUUGGUGAAGAAACUGGAGCAGCAAAUGUAGAUAGGCCCAAAUAUUCAUAUGGUGCAUUAAUCAUGAUGGCGAUAAAGGCGAGUCCCAGUGGACGAUUGACGCUAGCAGAAAUAUACGAGUACAUAAAAAACCACUUCGCAUAUUAUAGGACAUGCAAAACAGAUUGGCAGAAUGCUAUUCGUAACAACUUGAGUCUGAGUGAACAUUUCGUGAGACUCUCCCGUGAAUGCGAUGAUCCUGGACGAGGAGGUUACUGGACGUUGUCACCACAGCAUCAUCAAUUGUUCGUUGGAGAUGAUACAGGAAGACUGCGCCAACCUCCAGCUCCUCCAGCGCCUCCCAUGAACUACCAUUACGUACCCGUGCCUGGGAUUCAAGGUAUGGCACACCAAUACGGAGGUUGUGUUUUUCCUGGAUGUAAAUGCUAUGAAAUGAUGGUACUCUUCCUCCAAAUGCAUCAAAUGUAUUUCAAUAUGCAACAAUUCUAGCGGACUCAGAUGACAUUCAAUAUUAAAUGGUUCGAAUAUUUAUAUAUAAAAUAUGACUUAGCUAAGAAUAGAUAUAACUAGAACAAAACUAUUGGUAAGCUAAGGAUUGGAAAGGAUUGUAAAUCUGAAUAAGAUGAAAGAAUUAAAAAAUAUUUUACCAAAA